AAAUCAGUAUUAUAUAAACUUUUUGUCGUCAAGAAAAUGGAAGGGACUUCUCGAGGUAAGGGCGCCAUGCAAGAAACGGAAGAGAAGGAGAAGGAGGAAGUUCGAUACCGCGGUGUUCGGAGACGGCCUUGGGGGAAGUACGCGGCAGAGAUACGCGAUUCCACUAGGCAAGGAGCACGCUUGUGGCUUGGAACAUUUGAUACGGCGGAAGAUGCGGCGAGGGCUUAUGACCGAGCUGCAUUUAGAUUAAGGGGUCACCUUGCAAUCUUGAAUUUCCCUAAUGAGUACUUCCCCCAACUCUCAAAUACCCCUCCUCUUCAAAAUCCCUCAUCUUCCUCGUCGUCCUCAUCUUCAUCCUCGUCGACUACGACUUCGACUUCGACUUCGACUUCGACUUCGGGUCCUUCGAUGAGUGGACAAGAGAAAAUUGAACUAGAAUAUCUUGAUGAUAGUGUGUUGGAGGAACUUCUUAAAUCAUCUGAAGAGCAGCAGAAGAAAUAA